AUGGAAUCAAGCAAUGUGAAGAACAAGUCAAGUGGAAAAAGAAAGAUGUCUAGUGAGGACACAAGAAGUUACUUCACAUGGAACUUGGAAAUGGUGCGUGUGCUAGCUGAUGUGCUUAGAGAUAAAAGAAAUUUGGGUAAUAAAGGUGAUGGAAAUUGGAAAGCAGUAGCAUAUAGUACUACACCUCAAAUUUUGUCCAAGCAUUUUGGAGUUCACCUCAUGGCAGAUAAUGUUAAGAACUGUUUUAAGCUUUGGAGAACAUGGUAUGGAAUUGUGAGUGACAUUCUUAGUCAAAGUAGAUUUGAUUGGGAUAGCACAAAGUACAUGAUUACUGUUGAAAAUGAAAUUGCAUGGAAUGAAUAUGUAAAGGAUAGAGCUAUUGGAAUCAGAGCAGAAAAUGCAUUAGAUGCAGAUGAUAUCAUGAGCAAAGAAACAAAUGAAGAGGAAGCAAUUCAUAGUGUGAGUUUUGACUUAGAGGGAUCAAGUUCCACCACAAGAAAAAAAUAUUUGCCCAAAAAAGAUGUGAAGGAAUUCGUGUGCUAA